GGUUCGUCGCGGUCAUCAGAGGGGUCGGAAACGUCGGAGUGCGCGCCAGUCGAAGCCGAGACUUCGCUCGUGCAGCUUCUCUUCCUUUUCUCUUAGCACACGAUUCACAUUAUUUCCUUACUCUUAUCAUUAGAUUCAUAUUAUUUUUCUUUAUUCGUCCGUUUCGAAAAGAAAAUAAAAAGGAAGAAGGAAAGAAGGAAGGAAAGAAAGGAAGGAAGGAAGGGACUGAUCAACGUCAACAAUUCGUCAACUUUUUUCUUAAUAUUUUUUCCUCACUUUUCCUUUUGUUUUCAUUCUUAUUUCCUUUUUAUUUCGAAUGUAUUAGUUGAUACAAAGUUACAACGAUAUAAAGUUUAAGGGAAAAAAAUCUCUUAAACCCGAUCACGGUUCUGCCACGUGGUGAGAGGACGCGUGGGCUUCAAGGAUUUACGCGAAUAUUAUUCGAAGAAUUUGUACUGUAUUAAAUAUCUAAAGAAAACAUAAAAAUAAAAAAGGGAUAAAGAUAAUCAACGAUAUUAGGAAUAGAAGAGACAUUUGGAUUGAUUUAUAUAUAUAUCAAGAUUUUAGAUUAACAAAGGAAACAAGAUCUUUUCAUGUAGAACCUUCGGACGUGGAUCGCAAUGAUGAACCGUCGACGAUCUAUCUUGUUUCUCUUGCAGAUGCUGUUUUCAGCAGUUUGUCACGGGAUACAGCAAUUCGAGGAAACGCCACAGUACACGGAAGUUAAUCCCGGACAGGAUGCAAAGUUGAUCUGUCGUGUUCUCGGCAAGAGGGGUCAGUGCAUUUGGCAGAAGGAUCAAAAGCCAAUCGGAAUGCACUUGAAGAAGUACGAGUGGGUUGGUUCACCGGACAUGGGAGAUUGCUCGCUCUGGGUCAGGUCGGCCAUUUUGGAAUUCGAUGACGGUUUAUGGCAGUGCCAAGUAACCGCCAGUGAUUUUACUACGCAAGACGCUCUAGCAUCGGAACAAGCUAGGCUGGUCGUCAGGGUCAGCCCUCAGCGACCACAGAUAGAGUACGACAACCAUCCUAUUUUACCUGGCAGCAACGUGACAGCCCGAGCAGGUGAGAUCGCUACGCUCACUUGCAGAGCGCGGUAUGGGAAUCCUCCGCCUCUAAUUAAAUGGUACGUCGGAGAAACGGAGAUCAGGACGCUUAGGCCUCAGGUAAACUCGACUGAACUAGAUAAUCCUCGUACUUGGGAGACCUACAGUGUUUGCGAGAUUUUGGCAGAGAGGUCACGUUAUGGUGCGGCCAUCCGAUGUGUCGCCAUUCAUCCUGCUUAUGCCAAUCCCACCAUGUCAUCAAACACCGAAGUGAGGUUUGAUGUCAAAUAUGCACCGGAAACAAGAGUUGUGGGUGUACCGCGUGGUCAAUUGGAAGAAGGACGAGAUAAAUUGGAAAUAAGGUGUUUGGCCGAUGCUAAUCCACCAGCAUCGAUAAUUUGGAGGCGCACGAAGACACUCGGUGUCACCGAUAUAGCAAGCAUAGGGGAAACAUUAUUGUUCUCGCCAGUUUACAGAAAUCACGCGGCUGAAUACAUCUGCGAGGCAACCAACACCGAGGGGGAAAGUAGUCCGGUCAUGGUGCAAGUGUCCGUAAAUUAUCCGCCAACGAUCAGCUCGGUCGGACCAGAAUUGUUGACUACGGCCCUGCUUUACUCCGGUGCAUCGUUCGAGUGUCACGCCGACGCAAUGCCACCGGCUGAAUACAGAUGGGCUCAAAUCUUUCCCGACAAUCGAAUGCCAGUGGAAUGCGGGACCGGGCAAAGAUUGAUCCUCACGAACGUGACUUACGAGCAACAAGGCCAGUACAUAUGUCUAGCAUCGAACAAGAUCAAUGGACACGUCAGGGAGGUUAAAAGCGACCCCGUGUUUUUGCAAGUGGUCGGUGCACCUAGGGUGGUGAAGCCAACGAUGACGGAAAAGUUGGUUGUAGCAGCUACGGAAGGCAGUUCGGCAAGAUUAGAGAUCAGACUCUGUUCAAAUCCAAAACCACGUCUUGUUGUAUGGGAAUGGGGCAGCAUCAGACUCUACGCCGGAGACGUUUUAGAAUCUCGUUAUCGUGCUUUGGAUUUAGAACCACUAGCAUCCGCAGACUGUUACGUAGCGAUUUUGGAACUUACCAGUACGAUUAAAGAGGAUCAAAGACUAUAUACUGUUAUCGUAGAGAAUGAUCGUGGAAGCGACCGCAGAACUUUAAUGCUAAGGGUCGACGAACCAGGCCAGACACCACUCAUUAUCGGAGCCGUUGGGGGUUUCACUGUGCUUUCAGUACUGAUAAUGGGAUUCGUUUGUUUCCUAAGAUCUGAUAGAUGUUGCACAGCCAGAAAUACAGCUCCCGCGUUGCAACAAGUACAUUGUACGAAAGCAUCGAACACGCUAAUAGAGGAUCCCCGUUUGACCGUUGAUACAAUGGAACGUACCGGUCAACAAUUUGUUCCGGAAAAACGAACAAAUCACGUUUUGAAGCCUGUACCUUCGCAACAAUAUCCGCAAGAGUGUUAUCAACAAGAUCCGCAACAUCCUCAACAACAUUACGAAAGGCACCGUCAUCAUAUGCAACCACACGGACCACAGUAUUUACAGGGGGAGCAGCUGUUUCUCAAACCAGAUCGCUUAGCGACGUUGAAGCAUCCUAGCAAGAUCGAGAAGCCACCGCAGUAUACCACAUUCAAGCCGGGUAACUGAAGAUCCUAAAUGCGCCCGUCCCCCCUACUUCUUUUCUUUUUUUAAUUACUUAUAAGCAUACGAAAAUAAAAAGUACUAGCGUGCCGAAGGAAGGAAGGA